UGAAACUCCCGGAUUCCCCGUGGCUCCGCCCCUAGCGGGGCGGAAAUGGGCACGGCCGCGGGGCGGAAGCGCUGCACCGGGGGGCGGUUCUUCUCGUUAACCCCUCCCACUCUGCUAUCCCUCCACCCCUCCGGCCCAGACCGGAAAUGAGAUCAGAGAGGGAAACCCCGGCUGGGAGACGCGGCCCAAAAAGCUGCGGCCCGAGGAGGCGGUUGCGGCAGCGGAUGUGGCCUCAUGGAUGAGCUGGUACAUGACUUGGCCUCAGCCUUGGAGCAGACAUCUGAGCAGAAUAAGCUUGGUGAGCUGUGGGAGGAGAUGGCCCUGAGCCCUCGGCAGCAGAGGCGACAGCUUCGGAAACGAAGAGGCCGGAAGCGCCGUUCAGACUUCACUCACCUGGCCGAGCACACCUGCUGCUACAGUGAGGCCUCGGAGUCAAGUCUGGAUGAAGCCAUUAAGGACUGUCGAGAAGUGGCUCCAGUCACCAAUUUUAGUGACUCCGAUGACACCAUGGUAGCCAGACGGCACCCAGCUCUCAACACCAUUGUUAAGAGUAAGCAACAUUCCUGGCAUGAAUCUGACUCCUUUACCGAAAAUGCACCUUGUCGACCACUCAGGCGCCGGCGGAAGGUGAAGCGGGUGACGUCUGAGGUGGCUGCCAGCCUUCAGCAGAAGCUCAAGGUGUCAGAUUGGAGCUAUGAGAGGGGCUGCAGGUUCAAGUCUGCUAAGAAGCAGCGUCUGUCUCGCUGGAAGGAGAAUACUCCCUGGACCUCAUCAGGCCAUGGGUUGUGUGAAUCAGCAGAAAACAGGACUUUCCUAAGCAAAACAGGAAGGAAAGAAAGGAUGGAGUGUGAAGCAGAUGAACAAAAACAGGGCUCUGAUGAGAACAUGUCAGAAUGUGAAACUAGCAGUGUGUGUAGCAGCAGUGACCCUGGACUAUUUACCAACGAUGAAGGCCGGCAAGGGGAUGAUGAACAGAGUGAUUGGUUCUAUGAAGGAGAAUGUGUCACAGGAUUCACUGUCCCUAAUCUUCUACCCAAGUGGGCGCCUGAUCAUUGCUCUGAAGUUGAAAGAAUGGACUCUGGAUUGGAUAAACUUUCAGAUUCCACAUUCCUUUUACCUUCUCGACCAGCUCAAAGAGGAUACCAUGCACGCUUGAAUCGUCUGCCUGGAGCUGCAGCCCGAUGCCUCAGAAAGGGGCGAAGGAGGCUUAUUGGGAAGGAGACGAGCAUAAGUACUUUGGGUACUGAGAGGAUAGGCCACAUCAUUAGUGACCCUCGGCAGAAAGAAAAGAACAAAGCAUUGGCUUCUGCUUUUCCUCACAUUUCCACUUGUGCACACGAGUUUAAUCCCCUCUCUCCCUUUUACUCCCUGGAUGUUCUUGCUGACGCUUCUCACCGAAGAUGUUCACCAGCACACUGCUCUGCCAGACAGGCAAGCAUACACUUGGGACCACCGUGUUCACGUGACGUUAAGAGGAAACGGAAACCUGUGGCCACAGCAUCUCUGUCUAGCCCAAAUGCAGUUCACACGGACACAAUGGAGCCAGCCACACCAGCCUCACAAGUCCAGAAAUCUCCAAACUCUGAGUGGUUGAUCAGGACCUCUGCAGCAGAGAAAGCCACUGACUCAACUACAGCUACAUUUUUUAAAAUGCCACAGGAAAAGAGCCCUGGAUACGGCUAGAGAGCAAUACUUACCCCACCAGGAGCUGACUGGGUGGUGUUGAAGCAAAUUUUAGACUUUGUAUUAUAGAGUCUUGCAUAUCUUGGUUGGCUUUCCCCAUCCUUUCGUCCUUCUACCACCAGUACUGGCUCCUCUUCAGACAGAGCAGUGGACUCUUUCUCUUGGAAAAUCAUGUUGCGGGAAUCUGUUUUUUUUAAAAAAAAAUUAGCAAAGUAUUGGGGCAGCAAUUUUAAAAAAAUGUCUUGCUGUGCUACAUCUGUUACAUUAUUAUUGCUGUCCCAACAUCUACCUACAGCUCCAUUUACAGUGUUGUUGCUUUAUUUGCAGUUGUGUAUUUGUUGUUGAAAAACUAGUGACUACUUUUGCACACUCUUUGUGUAGAGCCUCUAAUGUCAGCUAAGGAGGAUGCAAAUUUGCAGCCAGUUCUGGACAGUUUUAAACACUGAGUUAAGGCUUGUACGGAAUUGCGCUUCAGGAGAUGAGGCUUGCCUUUGGGCCUGGUCUUGAUUCACUCAGAGUGCCAAUAAGAUAAAUCAACCAAUUUCUGAAUGUGAGACCUCAAAAGAGAGACCAGCAGCAUGGGCCUUGGGAAUGUCUUUCAUUUUCCUGCAGAUGGCCUGAUGGGAUCACCAGCAGUGCAUUGUACUUUGCCUCAUCUCCAAAGUUCAGUUUCAAGUGAAAGAGGACCUAUAAACCUAUACAGGUUGGUGUAAUGAAGAAGGUGGGUUAGGUGCUCAGCAAACUCAAAGUAGUCAGUGGGUUGUUUCUUAAUACUUCAUGUCACAGUGUAAGCCUUUAUGUACUAAGUGGGACUUUUAUUAGUAAUAUAGGUCAGUAACCUGAAGCAAAAAUUCAUACUCUAUUAUAAUAAUGGCUUCUUGGGGCCAUAUUUGGGGAGGAAAAAUGUCUUUUUGACAUGCCUUUCUACUUGGCAUGUUUAUGAUGGCUCACCUGCAUGUAGAGUUAUAUAUACAGUCAUGCCUGAAGUUGGAUGCUGCUUUGUCAAAAUGAGGAAUAAGUGACUGCCUGCAGCUGCUGGAGAAAAGCCACCCUUUCUAAAAAGUCUUAUCAAGAGUGUCUGUCAUUCAGAGGCCUGGUUAACAGAGGGCUCUUUUUGGUAUGAAUCAAGUGCUUUCACUCUGAAAUGUAUGGACUUUAUUCUCUAAGUGUGUAUUGCUCCAUUAAUGUUCUAGAGGAACUCUGACUCCUGCACUUGCUUAUUUUCUGUGCUUAAAAGGGUGCAGAGUGGGGCGGGGCUUCCUUUCCUCAAAGCGCAGUUGUCCCGUUUUCUCACACAGAAUGUAAUGGUGGGUGGCUGUAUCGUGUUCCCUUAUAGUCCUUAUCAGUGGUAGCUCCAGAAUGCCCUUAUUGGUGGGGGUGGGUGGGAAUCCGGUUGGAAAGAGGAACUUGGAGCUAAGUUUACAUAGCACUUUAUGUAAGACUGAGAAAAUGCCAGUGGUCCAUAACAAGGAAUAUGUGGAAGAAAGAGGCAGAUGGAGAUUAUGGGGUGGCGUGCAGUGCUAAAGCCACCCCAGCCAUCCCUGUGAGCCACCCCGGUCCAGAACGCUUCAAGGCUGCACUUCUCUUCUCCAUGGGCUGCACCCAUAGAAGUAUAGAAAAUAUAAUGUCUGUUGAAUAUUAAAUAGCACAGCUGAGCUUUGCCAGUGAUGAGGGUGGGUUUUGUUUUCAUAUUUGCAUUCUUGCCUUGUUCCCACAGUGAUUUUUAAUGUACUUGGUUAGAUUCAAAGGAGAGAUCUGUGGGCAUGAUUGUUUUUUCCUUUGUGUGCCAAGCUCCAUGGUUCAUGCAGAGAUUGAUCCUGAUUGUGGCACAUUGAGACUCCACAGUUCAGGUAGCAAAGGUGUUCCAGCCUUCUUUCCCCAUGACAUGUUGCCUAGCAGUUUUCCUUUCUAGCUGUAAUUAAAAAUAAUUUAUAUAUACGCUUUUAUGUACAUUGUAAACAUCUCUAUGAUGUAAGGGUAGGUGACUGCCGCCAUUUUACAGAGACGACGACAGUCACAGAUUUUAGUGACUUGCCCCAAAUCAAAUAAUCAAGCCAGGACUAACAUCUCAGAUUUUCUCUGCCCGGCUAUAUAAUCUUUUGUUUUUCGUUGCUAGACCAGAGUCAGUCUGAGACCUCUGUUUAUGAAACAAUAUGCCAUGAAUGUUUAACUUUCUCAACAUGUUUUAUGUACAUUUUCAGUACUUCCAACAGGGAUCACCCAAGAAUGCAACAUCUACCUGUUGUAAUUGGAGAAGGAAAUUAGUUGCUUAUGAGAAUAACUGCUAAGCACACAAAUGCUUUCACCACAGGGUUGUAAAUUAUGCUCCUCGUUUUAAGGUGCUGUAUGCGCAUGCUUAAGGAAUUAUUAACCAACUGCUUUUUUAUUGUAUGUGUUUUCUGUACGAAUCAUUUCCAGAGGAAUAACCUUAGAAUUGGGUGUAUUUUGAAUCUUAAAAUUGAAAUUUCCUGUUUAUAUGACAUAGUGUGUAAUGUCAUAAAUUAAGAAAACUCUUUUACCUUUCAGGAAAAGAUAGAAUCUCCCAAUCAGGUUUUGUAAUCAGUGUUGAAAAAACUCUUACUUUGAGGAUGAUCCUUGAGCUUAAGUGUGUUUGAUCUGCUCCAAGUAAUAACUGAAGCUGUGUCCCACAGUUCUUGUUUAUUCCAGGCAUCUGAUUUGUCCCAGCCGGCUGCACAAACUGCCUGUCUGAAUCCUAAUUCUUGCGUAUUUUCCACAGUGGGCAAAAGACAAGACAUUCUCUACUUACGUGAGGAUCAUUCAUAAAAAGUUAGUUUGCUUAUAAGAGUUUGCGAUUAUUUUUCAGGUACAGUAUUUUAAAGGGACAACUUCAUUUGUUUCAAAACUCUUGUGUUGCUUUUUGGUAAGAACUGUCCAGAAGAGGAGAUACGUAAUCAUUUAUGUGA